UCGUCUCCACACUGCCCUAGACUCUGGUCCUCAUUUUGAAUCUCGCCGUUGUAAGAAACGUGAAAGAAGAAGAAGAUGACGGCAAAGGCCAGUGAAUACGAGGAGAUUCGCCGGAAGAGGUUGGAGGAGAACAAGAAGAGGAUGGAGGCCCUCAAUCUCCCCAACCUCUCUCAGGCCCUCCACUCCUCUCCCCUUUCCAAAUCCAAAUCACACUCUCCCUCUCCGCUGAAGCGCGUCAAGUCACGCACCAUUGAGAAGCAGGUGGUUGUGGUGAGGAGGUCCAGCCGCGUCGCCAACAUGCCAGCUCCUGUUUACAAAGAAGUGGUUAUUGAUCGUGUAGUCACACCUAGAAGCCGCAGAUAUGGCGGCUCCUACGAUCGCUACAGGGAUUAUUCAAAGCGGGUGUAUGCUUCCGAUGAAGCUAGACAGGAAGCCCUAGACAAGGCCGAUAAGAUACAAUCCGAUUUGCAGUCUAAGUCUCAUCAUCCAUCCUUCGUUAAAACCAUGCUCCAGUCUCACGUCACCGGCGGAUUCUGGCUGGGUCUUUCAGUCCAGUUCUGUAAGACGCAUCUUCCAAAUCGUGACGAAAGAAUUACUUUGAUUGAUGAGGAUGGGGAUGAGUAUGAAACACUAUAUUUGGCUCGAAAAACAGGACUUAGUGCAGGAUGGAGAGGCUUUUCAAUUGCUCAUAACCUAGUUGAUGGGGAUGCUUUGGUUUUUGAACUAAUUAGCCGCACUACAUUCAAGGUUUACAUUAUUAGAGUGAAUAGUCCUGCAGAGGGUGAAGAGCAAUGAAUUUCAAUAGAAAUUUGGAGUCAGUAAAACUAAUGUGUAGGUAUUAUUUUGUUGGUAACUAAUUAAAGUUUGUAGUUAGCUCCACUCCUGGAGUCUUCCAAAUACUGCUAUAAAAUUGUAAUGAUAUUUAAGUUAUUAGUCCUGAGACCCUUCAAAUUUUAGUGCUAUGGAAUUUUGAUGAUCUUUGCUGGA